CCGAGGGCCCACUUUUCCUGGUUGGUUCUGUUACAUCUGCAGAGAAUUGUGGAAGAGGAUUUUCUUUCCUGCCCGCGAUUAGAAUUGCGAGUGACCAUGACCAAGCUGGAGCAGUGGAUAUCCAUGCUGCUGGUGCUGAUGCUCAUCUGGCUGUGCCUGGUUCAGGACCUGCUCAACCUGGGAUACAGUAAAAAAAUCCACGAUGUGAUAUUAACCUUACCCGUCUACCUCCUGGUCACGGCAGGCAGCUACACGUUGGGCACCCUGGGUUUGCGCUUGGCCAACUUCAAUGACUGUGAGGAAGCCGCCCAAGAACUGUUCAUGCAAAUCCAGGAAGCCCAGGCAGAUCUGGCCAGCAAGGGCCUCACACUGUGAUCCCCUGAGGCCCCAAAGCUUCCAGGUCCAGGACUGCCUCCCGAGCACCCAUCCCUGGGGCGAUUCUUCAGCUAAAUUAAAAGAGUAAAUGAU